ACAUGAGGAUGAAGAAACUUCUAAAGAAGAUGAGGUGAGACAAACUGAAAAAGAGAAGUCUUCUUCAGAGAUCCAUGUUUCUGCAAGUGGACUCAUACCAACUGACCAACUCAAAGAAUUCAUCAUGGGAACCAUCAAGGACAAGUUUGAUGGAGUCUCUAAGUCAUCUUUGACUUAUUCGAAGCCAUACACCCAAAGGAUUGAUAGCUUAAAGAUGUCUAUUGGAUAUCAACCACCGAAAUUCCAACCGUUCGAUGGUAAAGGUAGCCCGAAACAGCACGUAGCUCACUUCAUUGAGACUUGCAAUGAUGCUGGAACAUAUGGCGAUCGUCUGGUGAAGCAGUUUGUUCGAUCAUUAAAGGGAAAUGCGUUCGAGUGGUACACCAACUUGGAGGCAAAUUCUAUUGAUAGCUGGGAGCAACUAGAGCAAGAGUUUCUCAAUCGUUUCUACAGCGCACGAAGGACGAUGAAACGACCUGAAGAAGCAGGACAAGUUGACAACCCAAAAUACUGCAGGUAUCAUUGUCUGGUGAGUCACUCCAUCGAAGAUUGCUUUGUCUUCAAAGAUAGAGUUAUGCAGCUGGCACAACAAGGCAAGAUAUCGCUUGAAGAAGACAAAGGGACUGCAAACUUUGCUUCAAUUGUGACCUGCGAGGAAGGAUAUGAAAGUUUCGCUUGUAAUGUGACGAGCGAGCAAGAUGAUGUCCCAAAUGAUGAGGAGUCGACUGAUGACAAAGAACGAUGCGACCCUGAAGACAAUAAUGCAUCAGUCACUUUUACAGAUGAAGACUUGAUGUUGGGCUCAAAACCCCAUAAUAGGCCUUUAUUCGUAACUGGUUACACUCGCGAGAAAAAGGUGAAUCGCAUAUUGAUAGAUGGAGGUUCUGCUAUGAACAUUUUUUCUCUGCGUACUCUAAAAGAGCUGGAGGUCCCGACAGAUGAACUCUCAAAUAGUCGGUUGAUGAUUCAAGGCUUUAACCAAGGGGGGCAACGAGCUCUAGGCAUAAUUAGAUUGAAGUUAGUAAUCAGAGAGAUGACUUCAAAUGCUCUUUUCCAUGUGAUAGAUGCCAAAACCUCUUAUAACAUGUUGUUGGGACGUCCUUGGUUGCAUGAAUAUGGAGUUGUGCCUUCUACCUGGCAUCAAU